CAAAAAUAAUAUUAAGUAAAAAUAAUUAAAAAAAAGAAAUAAACAACAGCACAGAUUCAUUUUCUUAUGGUACUGAAGGCACUUACUCAAAAACUACCAGUAAGGCUUUGCUGAGAGGUACGGCUGGAACAACUGGGCUUACUGGAUAGGCUCCCCGACUGCGCGGAGCCGCUUCCUCCCAGACUAGCGAAUACGAAAGUGCUUCGGAGAGGCCGCUCCGGUUCUGCACCAGGAAGGAGUCCGGAGCAUGAACUGAAGCGAUAAUCUCCCGCAGAAAGACAUCGGCGUCCUCAAGAACCGCGGUCGCUCCCCUCAUCGCGCUGUCAUUCUCCGGCGGGAAACAAAAAACAUGCUUUCUGCCUUUCGGGGACUUAACUUUCGCGCUGGAGAAGUGUCUGGGUGUUUGGAAGACACGUUGAAGCGUUUCUAAGAAGGUGCUCAUUACUUCCACGCCAGAAAGGAGUGCAUGCGUCUUAACCUGGGAGAUCAACUGGAGCAAAUUUGGAAGAAAAAUGUCCGAUCAAAGAUCAAGCUUUCUCCACAAAGGAGACAUCGUUUCACUGUAUGCGGAAGGCACGGUGAAUGGGUUUAUAAGCACUUUGGGGUUGGUAGAUGACAGAUGUGUGGUGCAGCCUGAAGCUGGAGACCUAACCAACCCCCCCAAGAAGUUCAGAGACUGCCUGUUUAAGGUCUGUCCCAUGAGCAGAUACUCUGCACAGAAGCAGUUCUGGAAAGCCAAGCAGGGGAAGCAGGGCAACAACACAGAGGUGGACUUGCUGAAGAAGUUACAGCACGCGGCCGAGCUGGAACAGAAACAGAAUGAAUCGGAGAACAAGAAGCUGCUCGGGGAGGUGGUGAAGUACAACAACAUCAUCCAGCUGCUGCACAUCAAGAGCAACAAGUACCUGACAGUGAACAAGCGGCUGCCAGCGCUGCUGGAGAAGAACGCCAUGCGCGUUUCCCUGGACAUCGCGGGCAACGAGGGCUCCUGGUUCUACAUCCAGCCCUUCUGGAAGCUCCGCAGCGAGGGGGACAACGUGGUGGUGGGAGAUAAGGUGGUGCUGAUGCCCAUGAAUGCGGGACAGCCCCUCCACGCCAGCAACAUCGAGCUGCUUGACAACGCCGGCUGUAAGGAGGUCAAUGCUGUGAACUGCAACACCAGCUGGAAGAUCACUCUCUUCAUGAAGUUCAGCGACUACAGGGAGGACAUCUUAAAGGGAGGCGACGUGGUGCGGCUCUUCCACGCCGAGCAGGAGAAGUUCCUGACGUGCGACGACUACAAGAAGCAGCAGCAUGUGUUCCUGAGGACCACGCUCCGCCAGUCUGCCACCUCUGCCACCAGCUCCAAGGCACUCUGGGAAGUGGAGGUCGUGCAGUAUGAUCCCUGCAGAGGGGGGGCAGGCCAGUGGAACAGCCUCUUCCGCUUCAAACACCUGGCAACGGGGAACUACCUGGCUGCCGAGGUGAAUCCGGAGUACCGGGACGAAGGCACGGAGCCCAGCACAGUGACGGAUGCCAACACCCCAGCCUCGAAGAAGAAGCGGCCGGCCGCAGAAAAGAUCGCCUAUACGCUGGUCUCGGUGCCCCACGGCAAUGACAUCGCCUCGCUGUUUGAGCUGGACGCCACCACGCUUCAAAGAGCCGACUGCCUGGUGCCCAGGAACUCCUACGUGAGGCUGAGGCACCUAUGUACCAACACCUGGGUGACCAGCACCAAUGUCCCCAUUGACACUGAGGAGGAGCGGCCCGUCAUGCUGAAGAUCGGCACCUGCCCUAAAAAGGAGGACAAGGAGGCAUUUGCCAUUGUCUCCGUGCCCCUGUCUGAGGUGAGGGACCUGGACUUCGCCAACGACGCCAAUAAGGUGCUGGAGUCCACCGUGAGGAAGCUUCAGGAGAGCAACAUCUCUCUGAAUGAGAGGAGGUUCAUCACCAAGCUUCUGGAGGACCUGAUCUUCUUCGUGGCGGGCGUCUCCAACAACAGCCAAGACGUGCUUUCCGUGGUGAUCAGCAAGCCCGACCGGGAGAGGCAGAAGCUGAUGAGGGAGCAGAACAUCCUGGCUCAGGUCUUCGGCAUACUUAAGGCCCCCUUCACGGACCGGACCGACGGCCCCAUGCUGAAACUGGAGGACCUGGGUGACCAGCGCUACGCCCCCUUCAAGUACAUGCUGAGGCUCUGCUACCGGGUGCUUCGACACUCACAGCAGGACUAUAGAAAGAACCAGGAAUACAUCGCAAAGAAGUUCUCCAUCAUGCAGUCCCAGAUUGGCUACGAGAUCCUAGCCGAGGAUACCAUAACGGCCCUGCUCCACAACAACCGCAAGCUGCUGGAGAAGCACAUCACGGCUAAGGAGAUCGAGACCUUUGUCAGCCUACUGCGCCGGAACCGGGAACCUAGGUUCCUGGACUACCUGUCAGAUCUGUGUGUGUCCAAUAAGACAGCCAUUCCCGUCACCCAGGAGCUCAUCUGCAAAUUUGUGCUCAACCCCUCCAACGCGGACAUCCUCAUCCAGACCAAGCUGAUCACCCAAUCAGACACCAAUCUGGAGAACGUGCUUCAGCAGGACGAGGGGGAGGAGGAGGAGGUAUGGCUCUACUGGAUCGACAGCCACAAGGAGCCGCACGGCAAGUCCAUCCGCCACCUAGCGCAGGACGCCAAGAUCAACCACAAGAUGGACAUGGACAUCAUCACCUACUACAGAUACCAGCUGAACCUCUUUGCCAAAAUGUGCUUGGACCGGCAGUAUCUGGCCAUCAACCAGGUGUCCAGCCAGCUGCCGGUGGACCUGAUCCUGCGCUGCAUGUUCGACGACAUGCUGCCCUACAACCUGCGCGCCGCCUUCUGCCGUCUCAUGCUGCACAUGCACGUGGAUCGCGACCCUCAGGAGGCCGUGGUGCCCGUGCGCUACGCUCGCCUGUGGAUGGAGAUUCCCACCCACGUCACCAUCCAGGAGUACGAAUACGAGUUCUCCAAUGCCACACGGGAGGAUAUGAAGAGGACAUUCACCCCAACCAUGGAGUUCGUGGAGGAGUACCUUAAAGAAGUCGUCAACUCGCACUAUCCGUUCGCAAAUGAGGAGAAGAAUGAGUUAACGUUGGAGGUGGUGCACCUGGCGCGCAACCUCGUCUACUUCGGCUUCUACAGCUUCAGCGAGCUGCUGAGGCUGACCCGGACGCUGCUGGCCAUUCUGGACAUUGUGCAGCAACCGCUCACCUACAUGGGCAAACUGAGCAAGGGCCUAGAGGGAGGUAACAAUGUGAUCCGCACCAUCCACGACGUCGGCGAGAUGAUGACCCAGAUGGUGCUGAGCCGGGGGCCGAUCCUUUCCCAGAACCUCCCCGACGCCCAGAACGGCCUGCUGCACAAUGUGCCUUCUUGCUUGGCCGACAGUGAAAAUGUCACGGUCAUGGACACCAAGCUCAAGAUUAUUGAGAUCCUCCAGUUUAUUCUCAGCGUUCGCCUGGACUAUAGGAUCACCUUCCUGCUGUCAAUCUACAAGAAGGAGUUUGGAGAGACCUCAUUGGCUGACCCGUCCAUGUCCAUGACGGACGCCACCCCCAUGCCUGUGUCCGACCCCGACUUCGAUGGUAUUGCAGCCCAGGCGGAGACCAUGUUUGCUGGAAGCGAGGAGAAGAGUGCUGUGGAGUUGGACGAUGAGGGUGGCCGGACCUUCCUGAGGGUCCUCAUCCACCUCAUCAUGCAGGACUACGCCCCGCUGGUGUCUGGUGCCCUUCAGCUGCUCUUCAAGCACUUCAGCCAGAGAGCUGAGGUCCUGCAGGCUUUCAAACAGGUCCAGCUGUUAGUGUCCAGCCAGGACGUGGAGAACUACAAGCAGAUCAAGGAGGGCCUGGAUAAGCUGCGGCUGACGGUGGAGAAGUCUGAGCUCUGGGUGGAGAAGAGCGGGAGCUACGGCAAUGAGGAGCAGAGCAAGGAACAGAUGCUAGAGUUACAGGAGGUUGGUAUUUUGAGUCCAGCGCAAGAUGGGAAACCUCAGAUCGACAGCAACAGAGCUAACAACUACACUAUAAUCAAAGAAAUCCUGCUCUGCCUCAGCAAGCUGUGCUCUCCCAGCAAGAAGAGCCCAGUGCAGCAGCAGAGGCUGCUGAAGAACAUGGGCGCCCACACCGUGGUGCUGGACCUGCUGCAGAUACCCUAUGAGAAGACCGACGAGAAGAUGAACGAGAUCAUGACCCUGGCGCACGCCUUCCUGCAGAACUUCUGCCGUGGCAACCCGCAGAACCAGGCCCUGUUGCACAAGCAUCUCAACCUCUUCCUCACCCCCGGGCUCCUGGAGGCAGAGACCAUGAGGCACAUCUUCAUGAACAAUUACCACCUGUGCAGCGAGAUCAGCGACCGCGUGGUGCAUCACUUCGUGCACUGCAUCGAGACGCACGGCCGCCGCGUGCAGUACCUGCGCUUCCUGCAGACCAUCGUCAAGGCUGACGGCAAGUACGUGAAGAAGUGCCAGGACAAGGUCAUGACGGAGCUGGUGAACGGCGGCGAGGACGUGCUGGUCUUCUACAACGACAGGGCUUCCUUCCCUGUGCUGCUGCAGAUGAUGUGCUCGGAGCGCGAGCGCGUGGAUGAGAACGGGGCGCUGGCCUACCACAACACGCUGGUGGAGCUGCUGGCCGCCUGCACCGAGGGCAAAAACGUCUACACCGAGCUCAAGUGCAACUCGCUGCUGCCCCUCGACGACAUCGUCAAAGUGGUCACGCAUGAUGACUGCACCCCCGAGGUGAAAACUGCCUAUGUGAACUUCUUGAAUCACUGCUAUGUGGACACUGAGGUGGAGAUGAAGGAGAUCUACACCAGCAACCACAUCUGGAUGCUCUUUGAGAACAUUCUUGUUGACAUGGCCAGGGUGUGCAACAGCACCACCGACAGGAGGCACACGGACAGCGUCCUGGAGAGGUACGUGACGGAGAUGGUCAUGGCCAUCGUCAAGGGCUUCUUCGGCUCCCAGUUCUCCGUCAACAACUCCAACCUGCAGACCCACCAGCCCAUCUUCAUCCAGCUUCUCCAGUCCUCCUUCCGUUUACACAACUGCACCUGGAUCAGCGCGUCGCAGAAGGCCAACAUCGAGGGCUGCAUCCGGACUCUGGCCGACGUGGCCAAGAACCGCUCCAUCGCCGUCCCCGUGGACCUGGACGGCCAGGUGAACACGCUGUGCUCCAAGGCGCAUAUCAACAUGGUGCAGCGCGCCGCCAAGGGCUGGAGGAUGUCGGCCCGCACCGGGCCGCGCCGGGAGCCCAUUGGGGGCCUGGACUACAAGAACAUCAUCGAGAAGAUGCAGACUGUGGUGGCCCGCCUGGAGGAGCAGUUCCACCCCAAGGUCCAGGCUGAGUUCUCCGUGCUGGUGGACGUGCUGCACAGUCCCGAGCUCCUGUUCCCUGAGACGGCCCGGCUGCGCUGCGAGAGCGGAGCCUUCAUGUCCAAACUGAUCAAUCACACCAAGAAGCUGAUGGACAAAGAGGAGAAGCUGUGUAUUAAGGUCCUACAGACACUGCAGGAGAUGCUGGAUAAGAAGGAGAAUUUUGAUGAGUUGGGCACUAAUUUACGUAAGAUCCUCUUAAUGCGCUACUUCGGAAAUCAGCGGCUCGUCUCCAAAUCAGACUUCGGGGGCGGGAGCGGCUCUUCCGGAUCGUCCCCCCAGCCGGACUGUGACAGGUCCGGCUCGUGCAUGAUGGACAUCCAGUGCCUGCUGGACAGUGUGGGGGUUCCGGAGCUGGUGAUUGACCUUAUCGUCAGCACGAAGAACGACAGGGUCUUUGAGGAGAGCAUCUGGCUGGGCAUCGCGCUGCUGCGAGGAGGAAACACACAAAUACAGAAUUCCUUCCACCGUCAGCUUCACAAGCAGAAGAAGUCGGAGACAUUCUUCAGAGUUCUGUACGACCGCAUGACUUUGGCACAGCAGGAGAUCCGCUCCACUGUCUCCGUCAACAUGUUUGAGUUGAGCAGCAGGAAGCGGGAUGAGGACGGGGAGACCACCUCCACCAGGCAGAAGAACCCAGGGAAGGAUUCCGUCCGACACCUGAAGGUUGACAUGAGGGGCCAGCUCAAAGAGGCCUCCUCAGCAACCUCCAAGGCCUUCUGCACCAUCCGUAAGGAGAUCGACACGGACGGGGACUCUAACGGCGCCGGCAGCGACGUGGGGGAGGAGCUCAUGGAGGACACGCUGAUGAGCCCGGCCAUCGUGGUCAUGAAGCCUCUUCUGCGGUUCCUGCAGCUGCUGUGCGAGAACCACAACAGGGACCUGCAGGACUAUCUGCGCAACCAAAACAACAAGACCAACUACAACCUAGUGUGCGAGACGCUGCAGUUCCUGGACUGCAUCUGUGGCAGCACCACGGGGGGCCUGGGCUUGCUGGGCCUCUACAUCAACGAGAGGAACGUGGGCCUGGUGAAGCAGACCCUGGAGACCAUCACCGAGUACUGCCAAGGCCCCUGCCAUGAGAACCAGACCUGUAUAGCCAAGCACGAGUCCAACGGAAUCGACAUCAUCAUUGCCCUCAUUGUGAAUCCCAUCAACCCACUGGGGAAGCAACGCAUUGACUUGGUGAUGGAACUGAAGAACAACGCGUCCAAGCUACUGCUGGCCAUCAUGGAAAGUCGCCAAGACAGCGAGAACGCGGAGAAGAUCCUGGACAAGAUGAGGCCCAUCGAACUGGUGGACGUCAUGAAGGAGGCCUACAGCCAGGGUGUGGAGAGCGAAGCUGACAAUGAGGCUGGCGGUGACCAGAUCCUGCCCAGAGACGUCGGCCACAACAUCUACAUCCUGGCCCACCAGCUGGCCCGGCACAACAAAGCUCUUCAGCAAAGCCUGAAGCCCAGACAGGACCCUGACUCCGACGGGGAUGAGGCAUUGACGUACUAUGCCAACCACACCGCCCAGAUUGAAAUCGUCCGGCACGACCGCACCAUGGAACAGAUCGUCUUCCCCGUGCCCAACAUAUGCGAGUACUUGACUGAGGAGUCCAAGACGCGGGUCUUCUGCACCACCGAGCGGGACGACCAGGGCAGCAAGGUCAACCACUUCUUCCAGCAGUUCGAGGACCUCUACAAUGAGAUGAAGUGGCAGAAGAAAAUCCGCAACAACCCGGGCCUGUUCUGGUUCUCACGCCAUAUGUCCCUUUGGGGCAGCAUCUCCUUCAACCUGGCCGUGCUGGUCAACCUCGCCGUAGCCCUUUUCUACCCCUUCGGAGACGACAACGAUGAAGAGGUUUCUUUGGUCUCGGGGCUGUUGAUUGGUCACCAGCGAAAGGCAAGGCAUCCCCAGACCCAACCCCUCGCUGCUGCCCUGUGCCCACAUGUCUUUCAGGGCGAGCUCCCGCCACUGGUGUCCCUAAUGCUCUGGGCUGCCGUGCUGGUCUGCACCGUCAUGCUCUUCAUCUUGCCCAAGCCGGGGGGGAUCAGACCCUUCCUGGUGGCCGUCAUCCUACGCUCCAUAUACACUCUGGGCCUCAGACCCACACUGGUGCUACUGGGAGCGGCCAACCUGCUCAACAAGAUAGUGUUUCUGGUGAGCUUUGUCGGGAACCGUGGGACGUUCACUCGAGGCUACAAAGCCGUGAUCAUGGACAUGGCGUUCCUCUACCACGUGGGCUACAUCAUCGUCUGCACGCUGGGGCUCUUCGCCCACGAAUUCUUCUACAGCUUCCUGCUGUUUGAUCUGGUGUACCGGGAGGAGACUCUCCUAAAUGUGAUCAAGAGCGUUACACGCAACGGUCGCUCCAUCAUCCUGACGGCCGUUCUGGCCCUCAUCCUGGUCUACCUCUUCUCCAUUGUGGGCUUCCUUUACCUCAAGGAAGACUUCCGUAUGGAGGUGGAGCCACUGUCAAACACAGGCAAGAGCUUGGUUCCGAAGGAUGGCGUGGCUCCACCUACGUGCCUCAAGGAGAACUGCAGCGCAGAACCCCCGGCGUUUGUCGCAGACGAGGAUGACGGAAACAUGGAGCAGAUGUGCGACACCCUGCUGAUGUGCAUCGUGACCGUGCUGAACCAGGGCCUGCGGAACGGAGGAGGCGUGGGCGACAUGCUGAGGAAGCCCUCCAAAUCCGAACCCCGGUUUGCUGCCCGCGUGGUCUACGACCUCCUGUUCUUCUUCAUCGUCAUCAUCAUCGUGCUCAACCUGAUCUUCGGUGUAAUCAUCGACACUUUCGCCGACCUGAGGAGUGAAAAGCAGCGCAAGGAAGAGAUUCUGAAGACCUCCUGUUUCAUCUGCGGACUGGAAAGAGACAAGUUCGACAACAAGACCGUUUCCUUUGAGGAGCACAUUAAGUCGGAGCACAACAUGUGGCACUACCUCUACUUCCUGGUGCUGGUGCGAGUCAAGGACCCCACUGAGUACACCGGCCCGGAGAGCUACGUAGCCCAGAUGAUCAAGGAGAAGAAUCUGGACUGGUUUCCUCGCAUGCGGGCUAUGUCCCUGGUGAGCAGUGAGGGUGACAGCGAGCAGAACGAGAUCCGCAUGCUGCAGGAGAAGCUGGAGAGCACGGUGGGCCUGGUGACGCAGCUGUCGGCCCAGCUGGCUGAGCUCAAGGAGCAGAUGACAGAGCAGCGGAAGAACAAGCAGAGGAUGGGUUUCCUGGGGCCUCCAGUGGCCAACCACCAGGUCUCGGCCCACUGAAGAACUAUCCCCCCUCUCCUUCAAGGAGGGACUCCCCUGAUAUGGCUGCCAAGGCCCAGGGCACACUGAGAGCAGGUGACCUGGCACGUAGUGGCGGACAGUCCUAUUGGAUACACUCUCUUUACAUGUAUUACUGACCUCCUGUAACACACACACACACUCACACAGACACACCUACCAUGGAAUGGCAGUCAUAUUAGGACAUGUCUGGAUGAAAGGCAAAGAAGAAAAGGUGUCUUGGUGUCUCAAGGAAUCCUGGCUCUUCUCUUCAGCAUUGCCCAUCUUUCCUACCAUUUCUUGUAUUGUAUGUGUCUUUGUUUUACAGCAGUGUUGAAUUAUUGGGUCCAAAAUUGGUUAAGGGCUGGACUCCAGGCGAUUCUGACCUACAGGGGAAUCAUUUUAUCCUCUUGACUGGAAAUUUUCUGGGUUUUUAAAAGAAUAACAUUCUUAACAUUCUUUCUUUUAUGGCUGAAACGUUGCUUAGCCGUGUACUUUUGGGUAUGAUCUGCAUGUUUGCAUUUGAACGAAUGGGCAACAUGGUCUAACACACCAGCCACAGCAUGAAGAAGCCGGCUGCCUGCUACGCCGCUCGGAGAUGGUGUCAGGCAAGCUGGGAGGACUGGGAUGACUGGUGGAUGGGUGUCAUCACGACCCAGCGACAUGGAGUUGUUUCAGACAGCGCGUCCAUCAAGCAGGACAACACCACCAAGCCUGUCAGACACUCCUUUUGCCUUUGGCCAAGUACUUCUUUCUCCUGGAUGAAUUUGGAAGUUCGAGAAAUCCACCAGAAUGCCAGUCACAUGUUCUCCGGUCCCAUCUUCAGUACACGGUUGAGUCGUGCACCAUGACAGAUUUUGCCCCCUUGGUAUUCUCAAUUUUGUGUAAUGUGCCUUCUCUCUAAAAUGAGCUGUACAUUGUUCAUAAAAUAACAUUAAUAUGUAUAUUUAGACUGAGAUGUAUAUUUAAUGGAAUUUACUUGAAUUACGGAAGACUGUGUAUUACAGAAAAAACCGUGGUGGCAGCAAAGAAUUUCUCUGGAGAUAUUUUGGUCGACGGACGAUCGGAACAGACUGUCCUGUGAGGGCUCACUGAAUCGCGGCUGUGGGCACCUGGGGGGGUGGGGGAGGCAUUGGUAGUGCCUGUGUUCUCACUGUAGUCUUCGCACGCUACCACUCACAUUGCCCUCUACGGCUUACAUACGGUCGCGGGGACGCAAGGCAGGUUUACUCAAGUGUGACGUGGAAUGUACCUUAAGAGGGACCCCCCCACCACCACCACCACCUAACCUAUCACCCCCACAUCUCAUUCUAAAAUAUGACUCUUUCAGCCGUCACUCGCCUAAUGAAUGCGCCCCCCCCACCCCACCCGACACGCACAGACACGUUGUUCCAGUAAAGAAACUGAAGCUGGUCACUGUCACACGAACCACAGCAGCAUAGUGAGAACAUAUAGUCACCCCCGGCAUCCAAUACUCAUAAAACAAUCUAAACUUUUUCUGUGCUGUCAGAUUAAUAUUUUUAAAAAUAAAGUGUUCUGAUAACAAUUGUA